AUGUCCAGUUUGCGUGAACAACGAUAUGCGAUUGACAGACUAUGUGUUAGACUCAACAAAACUGCGACUAACACUUAUGAAGACAUAAAGCAAGCUUUUGGGGAUGACGCAAUGUCUCGUGCUUCCUGUUUUCGCUGGUUCAAAGAUUUUAAGGAGGGAAGAGAGGACCCAGAGUUGCAGGGAGGAGAUGGUGCCCCAGUUACUGCUCUCACUGAGGAAAUCAUCAAUACAGCAGCGGCAAUGAUCAAAACCGACCGACGUCUGACCGUCAGACAGAUUGCUGAACUCCUUGACAUAUCUGUAGGUAGUGCUCACACAAUUUUAAAAGACAAUCUUAACAUGUCUAGAGUGUGUGCUCGUUGGAUUCCACGUUUACUCACACCUGAACAAAAACAAAACCGUGUCGAUGUUUGCCUUGAGUGGAAGCGGUUCGUUGAAGAAGAUAGGGAUUGGUGGAAGAGUGUAAUCACUGCUGAUGAGUCGACCCUGCAAUGA